AAGGAAUCUACGUUCCACUACUGCAAUGCAAAAAAGGGAAGAAUGGAAGACUGCCGCAGGAGAACAAGAUAACUCGGCUGCACUAGCUAACAUCGGAGAACUUGUGGACUUUGAGUCUGUUGUGAGUGACUGUGGUGAAGAUAUAGAGGUUUUCCCAAAUGACGAGCUGCCUUAUGUUGUAUGUGAAAUAGAUAUAACAACUAGUUUAGUAGAAAAUCCACAAUGCAAUAAGAGUAUGGAGGAUCAUAAUUACAUAAGCUCAGGCUAUACUUCAUCACCCAUCACUCAUAAGGAUUCCAGUACACAGACAGAUUUAACAUUGGAGGAUGUAACACAUCUGGAGCAGGAAGUGAGGUUUCUGUCAACUAAGUUUGAAGAUAAGGAUACCCUACUUAGAGACUGCUUCACAGAAAAAAUAACUGAAAAUGAUGAAAGUAUCAGGAAAUACACAGGCAUUCCAAAUCUUGAGAUUUUCAAUGAAUUGAACAACAUCUGUGAAGAUUAUGAGCCAAACUUGAAAUACUGGACUGACAACAGCAGUGUUGAUGAUAAAAAGUAUCAAAACACAGGUGGUAAACCUGGGCCAAAGAGAAAACUGACAAGACGUCAUGAAUUCUUGAUGACCAUGUUGAGAUUAAGGCUUGCUUUACCUACAUUUUUAUUGGCAGCUUUGUUUGGGGUUUCAAAUUCAAGAGUGUCUUCAAUAUUCACAACUUGGAUUUUUUAUCUUUAUCACAUUUUCAAAGACAUGAUAGUAUGGCCAUCUAGAAAUCUAGUGAGAAAACAUAUGCCGUUUUCAUUCAAAAAGUCAUUUCCAAAAACCAGAUGCAUUAUUGACUGUUCUGAGAUUUUCAUACAACGACCACGUGACCCCUCAAUACAGGCAAAAACCUACAGCACAUACAAGUCUCAUAAUACCUACAAGUUCCUCAUUUCUAUCAUCCCAUCAGGACUUAUCAAUUUCGUGUCACAAAUUUGGGGAGGGAACACAUCAGACAGGUUUAUCACAAUGAACAGUGGUUUUCUGGAUCUUGUUUCACCUGGAGAUGAGAUUAUGGCAGAUCGAGGAUUUACAAUCAGAGAUCUUCUUACAGAGCGACAUGCCUUCCUGAAUAUUCCACCAUUUACAAGAAAAUGUAGCUGGGGAAAGGGGAAGAGACUAAAUGCAUCAGAAAUUCGAAGGACAAGACUUAUUGCAAAUCUUCGAAUUCAUGUAGAAAGGGCUAUACAGCGCUUAAAGACUUACAAAAUGAUUUCCCAGGUCAUUCCUUGGAACAUGAAAUCAGUUGUGAAUCCUAUGGUUAUUGUUGCGGCAUUUAUCUGUAAUCUAAUGAAACCUUUAGUGAAAAAGUGAUGAUGUUGCUAUAUCAUUUCUUUCAUAUACAACUUCAUCAAAGUCAAUUGCUAACUACCUGUGUAUAAUGCAAGUGUAAUUUUGUACUAAAAUUAAUAUGCGAGGAUAUCAUAUAAAUAGGGGGCUACCAACAUUUUUAUUUUAUUUUGCAAAAUUGAUUACUUACAUACUGCGGGUACUACAUUAUUACAGGCCGGCAUGUGGUACUGUUUAAAACAUAAAUAGAUGUCCAUUCAGUGGCGUGGUCAGUUAUAUGCUCAUAGGCACUGCUACAAUGUAUAUGCUAGUAAAAGAAAAUGUGAAAGUAGAUCCAAAUGCAAAAUUGUCCCCCCUUUUCUUUAUUAUGUAAUUCUAUGCAACUUCAAAUGAUUUUUAGACUAUUAUUAUGAGUUUAUUUUAUAGAAAAAUUAAUAACCUUUCCAAUGAUGCAUAUAUAUGUAUGAAACAUAUGUGUUUAAAUGUAUAUCCAAAUUAUUAAGCAAAACAUCUGAAGACACAAUGCCCCCUAUCUAUAUUGUUUCUUUUUAGAGUUAAACUUUACUAAUUAAAUCUGAGGUAUGCAUGUAAAUUCUGGCCAGUAAUUUCAAAGCAGUUUGAUCUUGACAAACUGGCCAAAAAAUUGCAAUAUCUGUAAAACUAUGCAACAUGCCAACUUACAUACCUGGUAAUACUUGUAACAGGGUUUUUCCAUAAUUUUUCAUAGUAGUUAUCACCAUGCAUAUGAACAUUUUCCAACUAUCCUGUGCAUUUUUCUUAAAAUGAACAACACAUACAAAUGUAUGUAUUACAAUAUUGCAUGCCACAGAUAAUAGAUAUUUCAUUGUAAUGCUGGAAAUUUCAAGAACUUUGUGAAAAAGGCAGCUGCCUUUUGUACACAGUCAUGGUAGUAUACAGAAUCAAAGGUAACUCUGUCUACUACAAGUCCUUUUCGAGUGAAAAAAACAAAAUCACACCAAGGCUUACCAGUGACACCCAAUUGUGUUUGAAUUUGUGUGUACCAUUUGGAUUUUUCCUUAAGCUUAACAUUGCCCUCUUCAAGAAAAAGAUGAUAAUCUUGAAUUCCUGCAACUUCUACAGGUGCAAGAAACUGAUAUGCAUAUGAACACUUAACCUCAAUGAUGCCCUCCCCACAACAUUCACAUUCAACAAGCC